UUAAAUGUCAUUUGUUCUCUCUCUCUCUCUCUCUCUCCACUCUAGCUGCCCUUCAAGAAGACCUAGACUCCACCCCUGCUAACACUCUCACACCCACUCUCAACUGCACUGCCUCUUUGUUUCACAUUUUCUCUCCCAAAGUUUGGGCUUCACUUCUUGUGUUUCAGCUCUAGAGUUUGGAGUGAAGAUGUUGCAGCUGCUAUACGGAGUCAUUUUCGGGGAAAUGUUCCUGAUUUUGACCUUGUUGUUUAAGAGCCCUCUGAGGAAGCUAGUGAUCCUGGCCUUGGAUAAGAUGAAGCGAGGGAAGGGCCCAGUGAUGGUGAAGACAGUCGCUGGGACUGUAUUUGUUGUUCUCCUGGCCGGCGUCUACACUCUGGUUGACAUCAAGAACCGAACCAUUGAGUCUGGUAUGCUCAACCCUACGGACGAGGUUCUCAUGUCCGUGAAAAUGCUUGAAAUUUCUCUCAUGGGGUUUUUUCUGUUUCUUUCACUGAUGUUAGAUAGAUUGCACCAUUACAUAAGAGAACUUCGAUUCCUCAGGAAGGCCAUGGAUGCUGCAAAAAAACAAAGCCAAAGUAUUCAAGAGGAGAAAAAUGGAAGUUCAGAGCAACUUAAGACCUUGGCACAAGAGAAUGACACAUUGAGGACAAAGAUCAAGAAUCUGGAAUCUGAAUAUGAGACAAAAGCAAAGAAAGCAAAGGCGGCGGGAAGUGAGGUGGAGGCACUAAGAAAGCAAUCUGAAGGACUCCUUAUGGAAUAUGACCGCUUGCUGGCAGACAACCAAAACCUCCGGAGCCAGUUAACAUCGAUUGAGCAAAGCACAUCCCACUCUGAUGACAAAAAGAACACAUAAGGGAGUGGUUACUUGGUAAAAAUUCAGUCAUCUUUGUCAAUAUCUAGCUCUAUGAGGGUACUUUAGUUCUUGGAUUGAAACUGAAAAGAAUAUGACUGCAGUUAUGAAAUGGGACCAAUACUUAUAUAUAGUGAAAUGAUGCAAGAAUUUUGUUAAA